UCUUCGGACACAUUUGCCCUGCGCACCUUCAGAAAGAAGCGCCGCAUUCUCACAUUUUCACGAGUGUGGCUGUACAGGAGUUAGGACACUUGUGUUUUUUGCGUCUUCCUCAGUAGAGAUGGCGGCUCCGAAGGUUCCAGAGGUUCGUGACAUUAUGCGGAUCGAAAGAAUUGGUGCACAUUCUCACAUCCGUGGCCUUGGUUUGGAUGAUGCUUUGGAGCCAAGACAGGUCUCUCAGGGGAUGGUUGGCCAGCUGGCCUCCCGUCGGGCAGCAGGAGUCAUUCUGGAGAUGAUCAAAGAUGGCCACAUCGCGGGCAGGGCUGUACUGAUUGCCGGCCAACCUGGCACAGGAAAGACUGCCAUUGCCAUGGGCAUCGCCCAGUCUCUUGGCUCUGAUACACCCUUCACAGCACUGGCUGGUAGUGAGAUCUUCUCUCUGGAGAUGAGCAAAACUGAGGCACUCAGCCAAGCUUUUAGGAAAGCUAUCGGAGUGAGGAUCAAAGAAGAAACGGAGAUUAUUGAAGGAGAAGUGGUGGAAAUCCAGAUUGAUAGACCAGCCACUGGAACGGGUGCUAAGGUGGGCAAGCUGACUCUGAAGACUACUGAGAUGGAGACGAUAUAUGACUUGGGCAACAAGAUGAUUGACAGUCUCAGUAAAGAGAAAGUACAAGCAGGAGAUGUUAUUACCAUUGACAAAGCCACUGGAAAGAUCAGCAAGCUGGGCCGCUCCUUCACCAGAGCCAGAGACUAUGAUGCCAUGGGAGCUCAGACACAGUUUGUACAGUGUCCAGAGGGAGAGCUGCAGAAGAGGAAAGAGGUGGUCCACACAGUGUCCCUCCAUGAGAUAGACGUCAUCAACAGCCGUACACAAGGCUUCCUGGCUCUCUUCUCCGGAGACACUGGAGAGAUCAAGUCUGAAGUCCGCGAGCAGAUUAAUGCUAAAGUGUGUGAAUGGAGGGAAGAGGGCAAGGCAGAGAUCAUUCCAGGGGUGUUAUUUAUUGACGAGGUCCAUAUGCUGGACAUGGAGUGCUUUUCCUUCCUGAACCGGGCCCUGGAGAGUGACCUGUCCCCAGUUCUCAUCAUGGCCACCAACAGAGGCAUCACGCGUAUCCGCGGCACAAACUAUCAGAGCCCUCAUGGCAUCCCCAUUGACCUGCUGGAUCGCCUGCUCAUCAUCGCCACCUCCCCUUACUCGGAAAAAGAGACGAGGCAGAUCCUCAAGAUCCGGUGCGAGGAGGAGGAUGUGGAGCUGAGCGAGGAGGCUCACACCGUCCUGACUCGCAUCGGCAUGGAGACGUCACUGCGCUACGCCAUUCAGCUGAUCAGCACUGCAGGACUGGUGUGUCGCAAACGCAAGGGGACAGAAGUUCAGGUGGAGGACAUUAAAAGAGUCUAUUCUCUGUUCCUGGAUGAGGCCAGAUCCUCUCAAUACAUGAAGGAGUAUCAGGAUUCCUUCCUCUUUAAUGAAACACAAACUGCUUCCAUGGACACCUCAUAAUGAAGACGACUGCUUUAUUUUCUUACUCUGUGAAGUUUUUAUGUUGUCGAUUGUCCUCUGCAGUCAAUUCAGAACAGGUUUUUACUUAAAUUUGAAUUCAGCAGUGAAUUACAUUGAAGAUGGAAGACUGAAGAUAGAAUCAAAUGUAUGAUAUUCCUCACGUUUCUUCUCUGUUCAACUUAAAUAUUUGAAUUCAAAUAUAUUUACUGAAAUUUGGCUUAAUUCUGAAUUUAGCACAAUUCUGUUCAUCACCGAGGCCUUGUGGCAGGAAUAUCCAUUCCUUCAGUGUUUUGUUUUUUUUUGACUUUACAAUGGUUUAUUUGUAUGAAAAUUAUUAAACAGGCUUUUAUAAGCGCA